GACGGAGGCAACAUGGCGAGCACCGGCAGAGUGACCGUGGACGGAGGAGACAUGAUGCGUUAUUCUGAAUACACUCCUAAAACAAACAUGAGGAGCGACGCGGAGAUCGACAGACGGCUGGGAGGCACUCUAAUAGCAGUCGGUCUUGGUGUGGCUGCUGCAGGUUUUGCAGGGCGCUAUGCAUUCCAGCUGUGGAAGCCUCUCGGACAAGUCUUCUCUCAAACUGUCAGGAAGAUGCCCACAUCAGCAUUCUCAUCAUAUUACAAAGGAGGUUUUGAACAGAAGAUGUCCAAACGAGAGGCCAGCCUCGUUCUUGGCAUCAGUCCCGUCAGCACUAAGGCCAAGGUACGUGAGGCCCACCGGAGGAUCAUGGUCCUCAACCAUCCAGAUAAAGGCGGGUCGCCGUAUCUCGCAGCAAAGAUCAACGAGGCCAAAGACCUUUUGGAGAAGGAGACCCGACGAUGACCUGUGCUGAACACGUUAAAGACUUCCACCAUGUUGUGCUUGAUCUCAGCUCUGUAGUACUGCUCCAUUGACAUAGACUUCAAUAUCCAAAAAUAUAUUUAAAUAAAUAUACUUUAAUCAUUUACUUCUGAACAAGGUUACUUAGCUUAUCUUAACAUAUUAUUAUGUAUAAAAUGUGUUUGUCAACAGAGUGAAGGAUGCUUGAAAUGACUGAUGAAUUGAGGGUAUGGGUGGGUAGAGUUGUAGAGUUGCCCUCUAGUGGAAGCUGUCCCACAUCAGAGGGAACAGAGCUGCUGAUGCUGGAUUCAUGGUUUGCAGAGUAUACAAUUUUAUGUGUACAAAUGUCAGUGUACAAGGUAUUAUGUAAUAAUGUAAUCUAUUUAAGGACCAAUAGAAUAAUAAAUUCAAAUAUUUCAGUGUUCAAACAUUUUUCAAUAAACGUCAUUUGAAACAAA